CCAAAAAGCGAAAAAAAAAAAAAAACCAAGAUGGCGGACCGAGUGGUUUUCCGGAGAAGUUUCAAAUUUAGGAUUUAACAGAUUCAUAGCAAAUAUAGCAACACAUAUAUCUUGCCCACGUAUCGGAAGUUGAGUUUGGAGCCACGGGGUGUUACCUGAAGUGAAGAUUGAAGACGUGAUAGAAGAUGGACGACUACUGCUAUGCUAAGAUGGCGACGUCCGCUAAAAGAGAACAUGAAAGAGAAUCAGCGCCACCAACUUCCAGCAAAUCACCAACGGAGAUAAAGACGAAAGAUGAAGGGUUUUGAAGAGUUUUCCCACGUGUAAACAUGCCCUGUUGUGCAGCACCGGGCUGCUCCUAUCGAAAUACCUCGGGGAAGCAUAUGCACCGCUUUCCCCGCGACCCAGAAAGGAGAAAAAUAUGGGAAGUGAACGUUGGCCGGGAAGGCUGGAGAGCCAACGACUACAGUAUCUUGUGCGAGGAUCAUUUUGAUGAGACACAAUACGAGCAACGUAGAGCGGACGGCCUAAAGAAGUUGAGAACAAAUGCCGUGCCAACACUGUUUGCAUUUAGCACGAUGAUUGUGCUGCCGACAAGACAUCGGAGGACACACAGAGCGGAUGCAUCGCCUCCCCUGUCAAAGAGGAUACAACUGGAACACGCAUAUUAUCAGCGAUCUCUUCUAGCUGGCACUCGGGGGAAACCAAUUCAUCAUAUUGAAGAUGGCGUCCCCCAGCUAAUUGGUCAUCCAGAAGAACUUCCCUCUCUGCAAGGGGGGGUCUCCACUUUGAAUGAGGAGGUUCCACACCCCCUCUACGUUAAAGAGGAAGAUGAGGAACUCUGGAUCACUCAGGAGGGAGAGUGUCUUCUCGGGCAGGAGGAGGCUGAUCUCACUCAGUUGCCACUGACUAUUGUCUCUGUGAAGACUGAAGAAGAUGAAGACAAAACAUCAGACUCUUUUCAUUGGUGUCCUUCAGACGUCCAGGAGGUGGUUGAACAUCCAAUAGAACUUCCCCCUCCGCUGUGUGGAGAGAGCUCUACUUUGAAGCAGAAGACUCCACAGCCACCCCACAUUAAAAAGGAAGAGGAGGAACUUUGGAUCACUCAGGAGGGAGAGUGUCUUCUAGAACCACAGGAGGCUAAUCUCACCAAGUUGCCACUGACUGUUGUCUCUGUGAAGGUUGAAGAUGAUGAAGAGAAACCACAAGUAGACAACCUCUUAGCUCCACUAUCAGACAGUGAAUCUGAAGGCGAGGUUGAAGUACCUUUGAGCAGCGAUACAGACUCUGAAGGUGAUAUGAGGAGUCACGCUGACAACAAACACUCUAAAAAGAAGAGAGGCAAAAAAUGUUUUAGCUGUUCGGUUUGUGCUAAAAUUUUUACUCACAGGAGCAAUUUGGAUAAACAUAUGAGAACGCACACAGGAGAAAAACCAUUCAAUUGUUCAAUUUGUCCGAAAAGCUUUUCUCUAAAGACUCAUUUGAUUCAACACAUGAGAACACACACAGGAGAAAAACCAUUUAAUUGUUCAGUUUGCGGCAAAGGCUUUACCCAAAAUGGCAGCUUGACUCAACACUUGAGAACGCACACAGGAGAAAAACCAUUUAACUGCGCAGUUUGCGGUACAAGCUUUUUUUCCAGAGCAGGGUUGUCUCUACACACAAUGAAACACACGGGGGAAAAAACAUUUAAUUGCUCAGUUUGUGAUAAAAGCUUUACUCACAAGGGCAGUUUGGCUCAACACGUAAGAACACAUACAGGAGAUAAACAAUUCAGUUGCUCAGCGUGUAGUAAAAGCUUUUCUCUCAAAAGGUAUUUGACUCAACACAUGAAAACACACACAGGUAAAAAGCAAUUAAAUUGCUCCGUUUGUGACAAAAGGUUUUCUCAAAAAAGAAAUUUGACUAAACACAUGACAACUCACACAGGAGAAAAGCAAUCAAGUUGCUCAGUUUUUGGUAAAAGUGUUUUUCGCGACACUUAAUGAAAGACACUGAAGAAAAACCCUCCCUAUUCUCUAUGAAAUUGCUGGAUUGCAACCGUUGACCUAAAGGCGGUCCCUUUCCAAGAUGGGGGGAAAACCUUCAAUAUACUUAUUGUUUAUUCACCUUUAGCAGCACAGAUAUAUAAGUGUAUUUUAAAGACUAGACCUCAAUACACAAACCAAAUAUCAUCCACAAAUAUGUGAAUGUGGUGGAGUGGAUAGAUACUCUCUUAAGAACAAAUACUUUUCUCAGCAUUUAUAAGUAAUACCAAACUGCACUUUUCAGGCUAUCUAGUUGACCACAAUUGAAGUAACACUCACAGGAAGUAAAAGUACAAAAGGUAUGGAGGUACAUCAUUGCUUUACAUCUGUUUGGGUCCACAAAUUAAGCAUUAAGCCACGAAAGACAAUGUUGGACUUAUUCAUGCAUCCAUAAAUGAUGUAUUUAAUGGAUAUUAAAGGCCUACUGAAAUGAUUUUUUUGUAUUUAAACGGGGAUAGCAGAUCCAUUCUAUGUGUCAUACUUGAUCAUUUCGCGAUAUUGCCAUAUUUUUGCUGAAAGGAUUUAGUAGAAAACAUCGACGAUAAAGUUGCAAUUUUUGGUCGCUGAUAAAAAAAGCCUUGCCUGUACCGGAAGUAGCGUGACGUCAACAGUUGUUUUCAAUGCAGCUAGAGCGUUUCGGACCGAGAAAGCGACGAUUACCCCAUUAAUUUGAGCGAGGAUGAAAGAUUUGUGGAUGAGGAACGUUAGAGUGAAGGACUAGAUGCAGUGCAAGACAUAUCUUUUUUCGCUCUGACCGUAACUUAGGUACAAGCUGGCUCAAUGGAUUCCACACUCUCUCCUUUUUCUAUUGUGGAUCACGGAUUUGUAUUUUAAACCACCUCGGAUACUAUAUCCUCUUGAAAAUGAGAGUCGAGAACGCGAAAUGGACAUUCACAGUGACUUUUAUCUCCACAACAAUACAUCGGGGAAACACUUUAGCUACGGAGCUAACGUGAUAGCAUCGUGCUUAACUGCAUAUAGAAACAAAAUAAAUAAAUCCCUGACUGGAAGGAUAGAUAGAAAAUCAACAAUACUAUUAAACCAUGGACAUGUAAAUACACGGUUAAUGCUUUCCAGCCUGGCGAAGCUUAACAAUGCUGUUGCUAACGACGCCAUUGAAGCUAACUUAGCAACCGGACCUCACAGAGCUAUGCUAAAAACAUUAGCUAUCCACCUACGCCAGCCAGCCCUCAUCUGCUCAUCAACACCCGUGCUCACCUGCGUUCCAGCGAUCGACGGUGCGACGAAGGACUUCACCCGAUUACAGAUGCGUUCGGCGGCCCGGAGACGGAGGAAGUUAAGGUGAGUUCGGCGGCUAGCGCGUCUGCUAUCCACCUCUCAGUCCUCCUGGUUGUGUUGCUGUAAGCUGUAGUCCGCCGCUAAUACACCGAUCCCACCUACAGCUUUCUUCUUUGCAGUCUUCAUUGUUCAUUAAACAAAUUGCAAAAGAUUCACCAACACAGAUGUCCAGAAUACUGUGGAAUUUUGAGAUAAAAACAAGAGUUUUUUGUAUAGGGUUCAAUGUGUCCGCAUACUUCCCGUUUCAACGAUUGACGUCACGCGCAUACGUCAUCAUACAUAGACAUUUUCAACCGGAAGUUUAGCGGGAAAUUUAAAAUGUCACUUUAUAAGUUAGCCCGGCCGUAUUGGCAUGUGUUGCAAUGUUAAGAUUUCCCCAUUGAUAUAUAAACUAUCAGACUGCGUGGUCGGUAGUAGUGGCUUUCAGUAGGCCUUUAACGUGUGCCAGAAUACCAUAACUGGUGUUAUAUGGUGCUGGUUGGCAUAUAACAAAAGUGAUAUAUCAUACACGAUCUCGUGUAAGUUAGCAUGAUGCUAAGAACCGCUGCUCCACAACUUGGAUUGGUUAAGAACAACAGACAGUAUUUACCUCACUUUACUUUUGGAUUGCAGAUGUUAGGGCUGUACAAUUUGGGGCCAAAAAUUAAAUCCAUAUUUAUUGUCUUUUGAAGACUAGAUUUUCGAUUGUGAUUACUUUUUCUUUUUUUUAAACUACAUAAUUUAAUUUGUAAUGCAAUAAACUGACAUAAAAACUAAAGAAAAGUUAUCUAUAUCAAAAUAUAAAUAUGUGUCUAUAUGUUAUUGCUAUCAUUUAAUAUAUUUCUUGUUACUUAAUGGCUUUUUGGUAAAAAAAAAAAUUCUCAUUAAUUAAAUUAUUGUGUAUUUCACUUGUACUGUGUGCCUUGGGUCCAUAGCAAAACUGUGUUCCACAAAUGGCCCCUGGACCACACUUUGAACACCACUGGUUUACUUAUUUCACCUGGAAGGCAAAGUGUAGGCGAAAGAGUGUGUCUAAGCGCUUGUCUUCUUAGCGCCCAUAGUAGUGAUGAAGGUUAUGUGGCUUCCGGAGGUUUUCUGCACGCCUUGCAUAGGCUCGGGCUUGUGGUGGCGGAUCGCCGCUUGAUGCAGCGAAUACUUUGCCUUUCGUGACUGCUUGAUUUUGAUUACCGAAUAAAUACAUGACACAAGUCACACUCCUCUCUUUCACCUUUAAUCCGUACCUCUACUCGCUACAUAUAGCGGCAAAGUCACACAUCCUUCUGCUAAGUUUCAUUCUCUGGCCAAGCAGGUGCGAUGAGGUAUUUGACGUGAAGCGGAGUUACGAUGAACAC